UCAGGCAGCUUCGCGGGCUGGCGGUCGCGCUGGCGCUGCGCCUCGUCUGGUUCAAGUAGUGCAGUUUGAGACGUGAAGGGAGGUGGAUGUCAGUGACGCUUGGGAACACUCAUGGAUACCUAACUUGGCAUUAACCGGUGAUAAUAGUGGUGACAGUCGCAUGGAUCUGCACCUGUGAAUUUGUUGAGACUUGUGAAGUGGUACAGACAGGGAAUAGUUGUGCAAAGAAGGAAUUUUAUUGUGUUGCGCGGAGGAGGAAAAACUUUUUUGACAGCACCCAGCCACACGAGGAAGGAAGAAAGGUGGUGGCGGCGUGAGGUCAAGUUAUGAUUCACACACACGUUAUAUUCGCGGUAUCGGGGCCAGAAAGUAGAAGACUCGAUUUCUGUUGAGGGACAUGGACGGAGUGUGUCUGCGGCGCCUUUGUAAAUGAACAGGACGAGGGAGCACGCCAGCAGCCACCCCCGUGAAGGAAGACGUCUUCUCAGCGCCCACCCGGAGGCUCUUUGGUCUGUGAUGUGGACGGCGAGAGUUCCUGGCUGAGACAGCGUCGCGUGGAAGUAGCCAUGCCUUCCCCAAGACCACAGUAAUCACGGGUAAAUAUGGAAGAUCGAAAAAAAUGGUGGUCUCGUUGAGAGGGGUGGACCCGACCAUACGGCAGGGCGGGGCCACAGCUGACCCGCGUUGACCCUCCUCACCCUCAACAUGCGGUCCCUCACCUACAGUUGGAUAGGGCUGUCGGCGGCAGCGCCCCUCAUCUUCCUAAUAUGCGCCUGGGUGCUGGGGGUCUUCCACUCGUACCGUCGACAGUGGCGCUCCGUUGAUCUCUUCCUUCUGGCGGUGUUUGUACAGGAGCUGCUGAUGGCAGUUCAGGUGUUUGCCUUCGCGCUCCUCAGCCUCAUGAGACCAGAGUCCGCCGCCGCCUGUGGGGCCUUCGUCUGGAGCCUAAGUGCCACGCGGACUCUUCAAGCGGCCACGGUGGCGUCGCUGCUGGUUGAUCGCGCCCUCACCAGUCAAUGGCCCUACAAGUACCGGUUCAGCGUGCGGCGCCACCAGAUACGGUACCACCUGGCGGUGCUGGCGACCAUCGCCGCCUUGGUGGGCGUGGCGGCCAUCCUCGCCCGCCCGGCCGAUGCCCCCGACACCUUCGAACACUGCAGCUUCAUGCCACACGCCCUCCACAUCCGCCUGUCCCUGUUUGUGCUAAGCGUGUACGGACUACUCGUGGUGGCCGGGAGUGUGAGCAUGGGCGUGGUGCAGGCGGGGCGCGGCUGCACCGAGUCAUCGCCGCACUCUGACAUGGCGCCCAUCACUGCCACCAACUCCUCGACCAGUUCAAGUGGCGGGAGGCAAAACUCAGCCCUGCACGCCGCGGCCUCCUCCGCCUCCACAACCUCGUCCACUGCGUCGUCGGGGCGGUUGGGAGGGGCGCACGGAGCUAUGCAGACAGCUUCCUCAACCUCGGACCUGGUGCCCCCUCCACCGCCCCACAGGCCGCCGCCCGCACUGCCCAACAGGUUGCAGAAGGGAGUGGGCGUCAACAGGACUGGAGUCGCCGCCCGCACGCCCGCCUCAGACUUUCGCUGGGGCACGACCCUGGCCGUGGCGGCGCUUUGCUUUCUUGUCAACCACCUUCCCUACAUGGUGAGUACCAGACACAGGUUGUUUUCUUGAUUUUUUUCUCUCUCU